UCGGGCCGGGAGGCCGGUCGCGUUUGUUGUCAUCCCAAGAUGGAGUUUCUGCUGGGAAACCCCUUCGCCACCCCGGUGGGGCAGAGCCUCGAAAAGGCCACUGAUGGCUCCCUACAGAGCGAAGACUGGACGCUGAACAUGGAGAUAUGUGACAUCAUCAACGAGACAGAAGAAGGCCCGAAGGAUGCCGUUAGAGCUCUCAAGAAGAGGCUGAAUGGAAACAAGAACUACAGAGAGGUGAUGCUCGCUCUAACAGUUCUGGAAACGUGUGUAAAGAACUGCGGCCACCGCUUCCAUAUCCUCGUAGCAAACCGAGAUUUCAUAGAUGGCGUCCUGGUUAAAAUAAUUUCACCCAAGAAUAAUCCUCCCACGAUUGUUCAAGAUAAAGUCCUUGCUCUGAUUCAGGCUUGGGCCGAUGCCUUUCGAAGCAGCCCUGACCUCACAGGAGUCGUGCACAUUUACGAAGAGCUGAAGAGGAAAGGCAUAGAGUUUCCCGUGGCUGAUCUGGAUGCCCUGUCUCCAAUACACACCCCACAGAGAAGCGUUCCUGAAAUCGACCCGGCUGCCAACAUGCACAACUCCCAGUCUCAGCAGAAGAUCAGCCCCAGGCCCUCCCCUACCUCUUUCCCAACUUCUCAGGCCCCCACUCCGAAUGGGGCUGACCCCAUCAUAGCAAACACGGAACAGAUUGCACGGUUACGCAGCGAGUUGGACGUUGUUCGUGGCAACACAAAGGUGAUGUCGGAGAUGCUCACAGAAAUGAUCCCCGGGCAAGAGGAUUCCUCAGACCUGGAGUUGCUGCAGGAGCUGAACCGCACUUGCCGAGCGAUGCAGCAGCGGAUUGUGGAGCUGAUCUCCAGGGUGUCCAACGAAGAGGUCACCGAGGACCUGCUUCACGCCAACGAUGACUUGAAUAACGUCUUCCUCCGAUAUGAGAGGUUUGAACGGUACCGACUGGGUCGGUCAGCACAGAAUGCAAGCAAUGGGGUUCUCAACGAGGUGUCCGAGGACAACUUGAUAGACCUGGGCCCUGGGUCCCCAGCAGUGGUCAGCCCCAUGGUGGGAAACACUGCCCCCGCCUCCACCCUUUCCACUCAGCUUGCUGGGCUCGACUUGGGCACAAACAACGUGAGUGGGGCCCUCAGCUCGCUCCCCCCCAGCAAUCCCCGGGAUGACUUUGACGUCUUUGCACAAACGAGAGGAGGCGGUUCCUUGGCAGAUCAGCAUAAAACCGUGACAAGGGAGGAUCCACCAAUGGCUAAAGGGAUGGCACCUGCCCCGGAUACCCGGAAACCAAAUUCAGGAGGGAUUCCCGUCCCACAGUCCUCUGUCAUGGAGGACAUUGAGGAGUGGCUGAGUACCGACGUGAAAGGAGAUGAGCUGGAAGAAGGCGUGACCAGCGAAGAAUUCGACCGGUUCCUGGAGGAGCGUGCCAAAGCGGCUGAGAGGAUCCCCAACCUGCCCUCCCCUCCUCAGGAGGAGCCCAGAGCGCCCCCCGCGAACCCCCCCAGCAAAAGGAAGCCGGACCGGUCUGAGGACGCCCUCUUUGCUCUGUAA